AUUUUCCUUUAAAUAUCUAAAAGCAAAUGUCCCAGAUAUUUUUACCUAAGUAUGCUAUUAUCUUCCUGCUUGCAAUAGUAGGAGUCACCGUAGCAGAAAGAUCAGAUUUCUUCUUCACUCUUAAUCCUAGUCAGAACAUCUGAUUUGAAGAAAUCCUAGUUCAAGAUAUCGGAGUCCAUAUCAAUGUUAUAUGACAAUCUAGAAUGUGUUCAUUGAGGAUUUAUGAUCCUGUUGGCAAGCAGUUAUACUACAAAGAAAGAGACCCAGAAUUCGAUUUCUCGUUCACUACAGCAGUAGAUGGCCCAUACAAGGUGUGCUUGAUCAACUACCAAAAUCAAUAUACAAAAACAGAGAUUAAUAUUAGGUCAGGAGUUGAUGCAAAGAACUAUGAUAACCUUGUUACCCAAAAAAAACUAAAACCAAUCGAGCUUCAGGCACAGAAAUUGGAGGACUUCGCCAAAGAACUUAAAAGAAUAAUGAAACAUUUCCUGAGAGCAGAGAGAAUUCUACAAAGAACACUCAGGGAUCACUCUUCUAGUAUAGCCCCUGCUGGAUUUGUUUGCAUUGGAAUUAUGGUGGUUUCUACUUUGCUUUCGCUAUUUAUUCUGAGAACUUACUUCAACAAGAAAAAGAAGAUCUAAGCAGCUAGUAUGUGAGGCCUGAAGCGAAACAUUUGUAAUCCCUUUAAUUCCUUCA